AUGUGUUGAGGAGCACAGAGAGGGCGGUUAUGGGGACAGAAGGGGUUUAGAGAGCGCGGGGUGUGUGUGCAUGUGUGUGUGUGUGGGUGGGUGUGUGCACGCACAUGUAGACGCAGAAAGGAGGAGGAGGAGAGGAGAGGAGGCGUGUGAGGCGGUGAGUCAGGCUGAAGCAGCUCUUUAAUAGCGAGAACAAGCGGCUCAGGAGCUGAGCAUGAUGAUGAUGAUGAUGAUGUGCUGUGUGUCAUGGCCAGCGAGACCGGUGCGAUCAUGUUGAAGUGUGUGGUGGUCGGCGACGGCGCCGUCGGCAAAACUUGCCUCUUGAUGAGCUACGCCAACGACGCGUUUCCCGAGGAAUAUGUGCCCACUGUGUUCGAUCAUUACGCGGUGAGUGUGACAGUUGGGGGAAAGCAGUACCUUCUUGGGCUGUAUGACACUGCUGGCCAGGAGGACUAUGAUCGCCUCCGUCCCCUGUCUUACCCCAUGACGGACGUCUUCCUGAUUUGCUUCUCGGUGGUGAAUCCGGCCAGUUUCCAGAAUGUGAGGGAGGAGUGGGUCCCUGAACUGCAGGAGUAUGCACCCAACGUACCCUACCUGCUCAUUGGCACUCAGAUUGAUCUAAGAGAUGACCCCAAGACCAUCACCAAAUUAAAUGAUGUGAAGGAGAAACCGAUAGUGACAGAACAGGGACAGAAGUUGGCAAAAGAGAUCGGUGCCUGCUGUUACGUGGAGUGCUCAGCGCUAACCCAGAAAGGCUUGAAGACGGUGUUCGACGAGGCUAUUAUCGCCAUCCUGGCUCCCAAGAAAGGUGUGUUAAAGCGACGUCUCGGCCCACGGUGCAUCAACUGCUGCCUUAUCACGUGAGCAUCCUGUCACACACCAGCUCAGGGACAGUUCGGUGUCAGAGCUACAACAUGCACUCCUAAUAAAGGUGGGCGAUUUAAAAAAUAAAAAUAAAAAAAUCAACUAGAGUGCAACCUUUCCAUAAACCGAUGACGACAAAAAAUUUGGAAACACAUUCUGGAAUAUGUGAAGGGGAAUAAAAACACAGGUAUGAAAUCUUGUACUGUUUAGAAUACAAGAAUUAAUGUUACUCUGGGAUUGAGGGAGUGAAUGAAGGAAUGAAUAAAUGAAUGAGCAGAAAAAAACAAAACAAAAAGCAUUCAGCUGCAAGUGAGUGACCAUGAAGGACACUAAAUAUGAAUGAAGUGGCACCAGAACAAGUAACAGAGAAGCACAGCAAAUUAAAAACUAGCGAAGGCAAGACAAUGAAUGGCACACUACAACAAUCCUGAUGAUUGAAAACACUGACUGUAUUUCCAGUUUUGCUUCUGUAGGCAGGUCUGGAGAGAAAAUGCAGACAGCCUAAAGAGCACAACCAAACACCCCUGACAUUUACAGAAGCAAGACUUUAUUUGAAAAAGGGAACCUGCAUCUGGAAACAUGGGGUUGCAAAAUGAAUGCCUUUUACAAAACAUUUCUCUUUCCAGUCUGGGUUUUUUUACGUCCUUUAUUUACAAGAAAGACAAGACAAGAAUGCUCAAGUGUACACGUAUACAGCGGCUGCAACUAUCGAAAGAACAAAUCAUUUAAAACCUGAGGGGAACAUAGACUUUCUACCGCUGCAGUUGACCUCAGAGGACGUGACUUUUAAAAGAGCUGGUGCAAGCAUGAGGAACUUGUAGGGAGUAUGAUUUAUAACGCAGCCCUUGGACGCUCAUCCAGAACAGGGUCCUUUGCCUGUAAGCUCCUGUCCUUCAUUUGAGUUUGUAGGUGAGCUGUUUGCGAUGCCAGCGGAUCCAGAUUGGAGCAGCAAGCAGUCCUGUCAGAAAUCCUCCGGUCGCCCCGAGGGAACAGGAAAUGGGCCACACCUAGUGGGAGGAGCCACAGAAAAGCUGAUAAAUCAGCAUCAACCAAUGAGCUCUGUAACUGCACAACUGCAAACAAAGAUCACUGUGGUGUUUUAAUGGUCAACUUUCAUAUUCAAAGCUUUAAACUUUUUUUUUUUAAUGCACACAGCUUUGAUUUUUAUGUGUGUUCUUGAGGCUCAGAUUUAUUUUGCAUUUUCAAACUGUAUGAAGUACUGAAUUUAAGCAUCAAUAGCUAUUUUAAAUGGAUUUUAUUGCACAGUAAAUGCAAGCAGUGAUUGAGUGUUUUUUGCAGCUUCCAACAUUUAAAAUGAAUUUUUACAAAAAAAAUAAAAAUAAACAGAGCUUUAUGAAUAUUGUGAAUUAAAUACCUAGUGAGUUGUCAGUCGGGAAACUCAACAAAGUCUAUUAAAUGGUGCAAAUUAUUUUCUUAAAGUAAAAAGUUACAACUCAGUGAAUAGUGAUCAAUACUUUAUGUACAUUUUAUCUGACUUGCCUCAAAACUGAUGUUUGCUGAACAUAAAAUUGUGUUUUUUUCCAUAAACAUUGCCUCCGUUUAA